AUAGCCUCUAUGAAAGUGUGAAAGUGUGAAAGAAAUUUUAAGAAAUGGCGAAAUCAACAAUGUCCGCUGUAGUGUUGGUGUUGAAUCUUUUGGUCCUUCAUCUUCAAUAUUCAGAGGUUCACUCGCUUGUCAAUACUUCUUCUGAGCAUGAUUUUAGCUAUCUGAAGUUUGUGUACAACGCCGUUGAUCUGGAGUUGGAAGGAUCAUAUGACUACAUUAUAGUUGGUGGAGGAACCUCAGGGUGUCCAUUGGCAGCAACCUUAUCGGCAAACUACUCGGUGCUCGUUCUAGAAAGAGGCACUAUUGCUACAGAAUACCCGAACACGUUGACUGUAAAUGGGUUUGCAUACAAUCUGCAGCAACAAGAUGAUGGAAAGACACCAGUCGAAAGGUUCGUGUCCGAAGAUGGUAUUGAUAAUGUAAGAAGCAGGAUCCUCGGUGGCACGACCAUAAUCAAUGCUGGCGUUUAUGCCAGAGCUAACGAGUCAUUCUAUAAUGAUUCAGGAGUUGAAUGGGACUUGGAUCUGGUUAAUGAGGCAUAUGAGUGGGUUGAGGACUCUAUUGUGUACAAGCCAAGUAAUCAAUCUUGGCAAUCUAUUACAGGAACUGCAUUCUUGGAGGCUGGUGUUCUUCCGGACAAUGGAUUUAGUUUGGUUCACCAAGCAGGAACUAGACUCACCGGCUCAACUUUUGACAAUAACGGAACCAGACAUGCAUCUGAUGAACUGCUUAAUAAAGGAGACCCGGACAACUUGAAAGUUGCGGUUGAAGCAGCAGUGCAGAAGAUCAUCUUCCUUACCGAAGCAUCAGGUGUGACAGCUGUAGGAGUCGUAUAUACUGAUUCUAAUGGAACGUCUCAUCGUGCAUUUGUAAGGGGUAAGGGGGAAGUUAUAUUGAGUGCAGGGGCACUUGGAACCCCUCAACUUCUACUACUUAGUGGUGUUGGCCCGGAGUCUUACCUAACAUCUCUGAACAUUUCAGUUGUUGCUUCCCAUCCUUACGUCGGGCAAAAUUUAAAUGACAACCCUCGUAAUUUCAUUAACAUUUUGCCCCCAAAUCCUAUAGAAGCUUCAACUGUAACCGUUCUAGGCAUUAAAAGCGAUUUCUACCAAUGUUCUCUAUCGAGCUUGCCAUUUGAUACUCCCCCUUUUAGUCUUUUCCCUACCACAUCUUAUCCCCUUCCAAAUCAGACUUUCGCUCACAUUGUUAGCAAAGUUCCUGGACCUUUAUCUGCUGGUUAUCUCACUCUGCAAUCAUCCUCUAAUGUCAGCGUCGCACCAAAUGUCAAAUUCAACUACUAUUCAGAUCCGGUAGAUCUUACUCAUUGUGUUCGUGGCAUGAAGAAUGUUGGUGUUUUCUUAAGUACAGACGCAUUAAAACCAUAUAAAGUUGAAGAUUUGCCAGGUAUAGACGGUUUUAAUAUUUUGGGAACACCGUUGCCAGAGAACCAAACCGAUGAUGCAGCUUUCGAAAAAUUUUGCCGAGACACAGUAGCCUCAUAUUGGCAUUACCAUGGUGGAGCCAUUGUUGGAAAAGUGAUUGAUGGUAAUUUUCGUGUUAUGGGGAUCAAUGCAUUACGCGUUGUUGAUGGCUCUACAUUCCCUUCCACACCAGCAAGCCACCCCCAAGGCUUUUACCUGAUGUUAGGCAGGUAUGUGGGCACUAAAAUUGUGCAAGAGAGAUCAGCUUCAGGGGAGGCUAUUCAGACUUCAACAUUCAAACCGAAACUUAUGGAUUCCCGGAAGUCAGCAUUAUCCUUUGCUUUUUAAACUUAGUUAAUAAACCCGCGAAUUAAUUAAGGCUCAAGUGGGAUUAGGGUUUCGCUGGCAACGGGGCGUAGGCUCUUUUCUAUUCCCCGUGGCUAAGUGUUCCUCUUUAUUUCUAUUUAAUAAAUUCCCCUUGUAAUGCUGAGAUCAUCUAUAAAUAAAUAAAAGGAGAGCCUUGUGCUUUCUAUUUACUA